UCUUAUCUUUAAAUUUUUUUUUCUUUCUCCUUUCUGCUUUAAGUCUGAGCUACGUUUCUUCUUCAAGAUGGGUUUCUCGGACGCCGGUGUUUAUCUCUCCGAUCAAAACAAUCUCCACGAGACGGAACUAGGGUUCCUCCGUGAAUCCUCAUUACACGCAUCAUCUCCACAACACGAGUUCCAUAUCAUUCCACCUCGAUAUCAAGAAUUACAAGAUCAGGAUCAAGAUCUUGAAACUAAAUCAAGAAAGACAAGAAACUGCUCUGGCAAAGGAGGAGUAAACUUCAAGAAAGAAGAAGAACAAGAGGAAGAAGAUUAUUGCAAGACUCCGACUCGUCUCGACCAGAUUUUACCGUCGGUUCCAAACAUUUGUCCACCGGCGCCGAGGAAACCUAAAAGUACUCCGUCGACGAGAAGCCUUAAGGUAAGGAAUUCUUAUAAAAGCAGGAGAAUGAUCAUUCUAAAUGUUUCUAAGGAGAUUGAUUGUCUCUUUAAUCCAAAAUCUCUAUGUAAUAAAAUCAAGAAAGCCAGAUAUAUAUGAUUGUUUCAUAUGUAAUGUUAUAACGUAGCUACCUACCUAAUAAACCAAAUUGUAAUACACACUAUGAUCGAGUUACAUAAAUGUAGUGAUGGGAAUACUAUUUCGUUUUUAUAUAUCUUUCCUUGUACUA